UCAAAAUCAUAUGCUAACGUGUAUGAAUACAUAUGUGUGCCUUAUAAAAACAAAAACGCGUGUUCAAUUCAAGUCGCAAUUUACUUGCAUUUUAUAUUUAUCAACACUCGAAAAAAGCACACACACUCCCCCGAACAAUGGGUAUGGUACAGAAGCGUAAGAAGAUGCACUCCGGUGACACACAUUUGCGUCGUCGCUGGCGUGUACGUAGCCGGAGACGUGAUCUCGAUCAAAUUGACGAAGAUUUGCGUACACAGUCGGCAGAACUUAUCAAUCAGAAAGUCGAUCUUGAUCAGCCGGGUUUUGCGCAAUUCUAUUGUGUACAUUGCGCUAAAUAUUUCAUCGAUGAUCAUGCCAUGCAAGCGCACUUCCGUACCAAAGUGCACAAACGUCGCUUAAAAGCCUUGGAAAUGGAACCAUAUACAGUGGAGGAAGCCGAACGUGCUGCUGGCCAGGGUAGUUAUAAGGCGCCGAAGAAACGUGUUAUGGAAACUCAACCGUCGAAGGAGGAAGUAAAGAAGGGUAAACGUGUACUUGUACAAGAGAAAUUGGAAGAAGAUGAAGCGCCGAAGUCAAAGCGGAAAGCACAAAAAAUGGAGACUUAAAUAACAUACACACAAAAUGUUAUGGAAGGGAACCAGUUUUUGUAUUUGCGUCUACACAAAAAAAAAAAAGCAUUGAAUUUUGUAAAGGAAAAGGAUUAACGCGCGGAUUAGUGCGUUAUUAAUAAAAAAAAAAAUAGUUUUAAGAAAAA